CCCUCACAACUAAGACACAUUCCCCGACAAAGAAACCAACGGACCGCGUCGUUACAUGGCGAAUUUCUACUAUAAAUACAAACACCACCUUCUCCAGCAUCAGUUCGAAUCGCACCAACAAUCAAAAUGCAAUACAAAAUUGUUAGUAUCUUGUUCUGCCUUCUCGGCGUCGUUUCUUGUGACGAAUUGUACAGGAAACCGGUUUACAAGUAUAGGUACGAAACUGAGGAUGUGAUGAAAACGGCAGCCUCAUCAAUUCCCGUUCACGGCUACCAUUUCGUCGAAGGUGGAUAUUAUCCGACAAAAAUUGCUUCUGCAGGAUUUGAAGGCGGCGCCGGUGGGAUCGGGGGUUACGGAGGCAGCGUAGGUGGUUUUGGUGGAGGCUACAGCGGAGGAAAGUACACCUCGAUCGGUGGAAUCGGUGGAGUAGGGGGAUACGAAGGAUCUAUCGGAGGUGUGGAAGCAGGAAUCGGGCCUAUCGGAGGAAUUGGGCUGAGUAAAGUGGGACCAGUGGGAUUCGGAGGAGGCGCCGGAUUCAGCAAGCUUGGAGGUGCUGGUUUAGGAAGUGGAAUCGGUCUUGGAGCAGGUGUUGGUCCGAUUAUUGGAGGCGGCAAAUUCAUCGGUGGGGGAAUCCAUCAUCCGUAUGGUGGCGAAGAAAUAGACAAGAAGAUUUACAGUGGAGAAAAGAAGAAUGUGAACGAUGAAGUGUAUGAGAAAGAAUCCGGAAAAAAGGGAGAAGAAAUUAAUCAUGGAAAAGCUGGAUAUUCCGAAGGACAGGUUGCAAUUAAGGAAGGUAAAGGCGACUCUGGAUACUAUAGCGACAUUGAGGGGGGCAAAAAAGUGAUCGGGGACGGAAAACAAUACCAUGGAGAACAAAAAUUCAGCCAAGAAGGAAAGAACGGUGGUGAGAAAAAAGAGCAGUCCACUCACAAAAAAGGCCACAAAAUCAAGGGCUUCAAGCACUCCCAUCACAAAGACGAGUCCGGCAAAACUGAAGAGUUCUAUGACGAAUCCCACGAUGAGGGCGAUCACUUCAAUUUCGACGGAAAGUCCGGAAGCUUCGGCGAAUCAGCUGGUGAAUCGUUCAAAGGAGGUCACGACGAUGAGAAGUUCAAAGAAGGCGAACACAAAAAAGCUGGACACUAUGAAAACGGUCAUUUCGUUGACAAAAGCAAUGCUGAUCAUGGCAAAUAUGGAGAGAAUAAAUAUGCAGGAAACGGUGUCGUCUAUGGUAAAAACAACGGGUUCGAUCAGGAGAGCCUUUUGGGACAUCAGGAGAAUAGCAGAUUCUACAAACAUCAUCCUUACCAUGUGCCUUUUUAUCAUUGAUGAUUGGCAUAAAAAAUUGAAUAUUCGUAAUAUUUAUUUGUAAAUUAUGUAAAUCACACUCAAUUAGAGAUAUACACCACUG